GCCACAGAUCGCGCUUUUCGAAAUAAGAAAUUUAAAAUAAAAGAUUUUCUUUUUAUUUUUGUGGUACGAGCUGAGAACAAUGAUUCCAAAAAUCUAAUAAAUUUUAAACGCGAGGUAAACCAUUACAAUUAAUGAAUAAUAUAGUGUUUGUGUUACGAAGUUAAAGAAUAUUUGUUCUGUUUUUUUUUUUAAAGUGGUUCGGUUUUUAUAUUGGUUUAGAAUAUAUUUUUGAAUUUAAGAAAGUUUAUUUGGACAAGAUAAACAUAUUAAAUCCAGAAUUUUUUUCGAGCGGCUAAAAAAGAGGACAUGUCAAACUCAACUGAAGCUGUUACUCAACCAUUAUCUGUGGUAGUUCCUCUGAUGUUUUCGUGUAUUUUAGCUGUUAUCUUAAACAUAGCAGUAUGUUACCUUAUUUUAAGAGUGCGUUCUCUUAAGACAGCAACAAACGUUUUUACUUUCAGUCUAUGUCUUUGUAACAUUUUAAUUGCUGGUAUAUUGAUUCCAAGUUAUUGUUACUUUAAUAGCUCCACCUACUUUAAAUACCUACUCACAAUAACAAUUCUGGUGUACGUUUGUAAUUUAACGGCUGUCACAUCAGAAAGGUUACUUUCUAUAACAUACCCUUUAAACUAUACAAUAUUUGUGACAAAGAAAAAUACAAAAUUGGUUGCUGCUUUUGCAUGGCUCAUUUCGAUAAUUUAUUCUUUACUGCCGUUGAUCUGGAGCAGUGACACCAGAAGAGUUGUGCAUAAAAUGUACGUUUUUUUUACAUUAGUUUUGUUUUUGGUUGCUCCUUUAAUAUUUGUAUGCUUUACAUACAUCAAAGUAUGCAUUGAAAUUAAAAAAAUGCUAAAUUACAGCAAAAAAUGCAUGAAUUUAAACAAUUUUCAAUACUCACCAUCCGUUGAAAAUAUUGGACCAAAAAAUGAUUCCAUUUUAGAGGAAUGUAACAACCGAAUUCCUUUAGCUGAAAAUCUUCUUAAAUCAAGUAAACUUUUCUCCAAUGUUUGUAGACAAAAACUAGAAAAAAAAUCGUCUUUAUUAAAACACCUAAAAUCAAAAAUGUCUGAGUUGAAAUUAGCCACAGCGUUCGGCAUUGUUGCUUUAACAUAUAUGGUGAACUGGGUCCCCGUCAUUAUACUUAGCUUUAUGGAAGCAAUCAACAGAUUAGACUUAAUCCCAACUGGACUUGAAGAAUUUUCAAUUUUUAUUAUGGCCUUUAAUACACUAAUUGACGCUUUAAUUUACGCAUUGUUUCUAAAAAAUUUUCGCAAAACAAUUAAACUGUUUUUAAGACAAUUAAAAACAAAAAACGAAAGUUGUUUCUGCUUUGUCUAAAAUAAUAAUAAAAUUGAA